GAUCUUGGGGCGUUCCCUGACCCAGCGCCUUGGUCCGUGGGGUGUGAGCAACAGCACUCCUUUACACAGCGGUCUUCAGGGUGUGUGGAGCGGGGUAGUUCCCUCCGUCUGUCAAUGCAGGAGGAGGCAGUCCUGUGAGGAACGGGGAUGGAGGACAGAAAGACAGGGCCUGGGCAAACUCCAGGCUCGGGUGCACACACAGCCUGCUCACAGACGUUCUCUGUUAUCGCAGCCUCCCGGCCCACACACGUGCACAGCUAUUAGCUGCCACGCAGGAGCUGAGCUCACUGGUUUUAAAGUCUGCUCCUUAUCUCCUCCGCCCAGUAGCUGGGCAAUAGCAGUGCCCCUAUACAGACGGAGGGAGCGACAACAGUGAUAGUGUCCCGUCAUGGUCUGCGCUAAGCCCCUGGCUCAAAUCAGGGGCCAAUUCCGGAUCCGCAGCCUCCUGGUCCGGCAGUGCCUGGCAGAGUUCCUGGGUGUGUUUGUGCUCAUGCUCCUAACCCAGGGGGCUGUGGCUCAGGCCGUCACCAGUGGAGAAACCAAAGGCAACUUCUUCACCAUGUUUCUGGCUGGCUCGCUGGCCGUUAUGAUCGCCAUCUACGUGGGUGGCAACGUCUCAGGCGCCCAUCUGAAUCCUGCCUUCUCCCUGGCCAUGUGUCUCCUGGGACGUCUCCCCUGGGCCAAGCUCCCUAUUUACUCCCUGGUGCAGCUGCUGUCUGCUUUCUGUGCCUCGGGGGCCACCUAUGCCCUCUAUUACGAUGCUCUACAGAACUAUACAGGUGGGAACCUGACAGUGACGGGCCCCAAGGAGACAGCCUCCAUCUUUGCCACCUAUCCGGCCCCCUAUCUGUCCCUGAACAAUGGAUUCUUAGAUCAGGUUCUGGGCACCGGGGUCCUGAUUGUGGGGCUCUUGGCCAUCCUGGACAGACGGAACAAGGGAGUCCCCGCAGGUCUGGAGCCUGUGGUGGUGGGGAUGCUGGUCCUGGUCAUCGGGUUAUCCAUGGGCGCCAACUGCGGGUUCCCACUCAACCCUGCCCGGGACCUGGGCCCACGGCUCUUCACCUACAUGGCUGGCUGGGGCCCUGAAGUCUUCAGUGCUGGUAACGGCUGGUGGUGGGUGCCUGUGGUGGCCCCUCUGGUGGGGGCUGUCCUCGGCACUGCCACGUACCAGCUGCUGGUGGCUGUACACCACCCUGAGGACUCAGAGCCAGCUCAGGAGCCGGCAUCCACCCAGCACAAAGCCUCAGCCUUGGGAAGCCCUGCCUGGGCUCAGACGCGGGAGUGUAAGCUAUGAUCCUGGCCGCCCUCACCUCACCCAGGACACUCCGGGCCACUGACCCCGCCUGGCGGCGUGACGCCUGACAGGCAUUCUCCCUCUUUAUUAAUGUGCCAGCCCUGGGGAGCUCUCCGUGUACCCAUUUCGCCAUCCCUUCCUCCUGAACUGGGAAGGCUCUUGACCAGGGCAGAACCGGAGGAGGAUGAGGUCAGGGGCCGGCUUCUAGGAACACUGUUGCUCAAAGUAGCCGCCAGAGGGUGUGCGCCCUGGAUUGUGGGUCGGGAAGGCUGCGGGAGGAACCUGCAGGGUGCAGGGCACCCACCACACGUUGGGGCGCACAGUCCUGAGACUUCCCCCCGCCCCCGAAACCUGGUCCCUACCUCCGGACUCCCAGCCAUCACCGUCUGGGCGCCGCCGCGGGGUAGCUGGGAGGCGAAGCUGCCUCCGCGCAGGGGGCGUGGUGGGGGCGGGAGGCGGAGCCCAGCUCUGCCAGCGCGGGGAGACUGGAGAGCCAGGUGGGGAAACUGAGGCACGGCCGAAACCCAGACGUCCCGGGGCUGUGUCAUUCAAGGAGAGGGUGCAAUUCAGUGAGCCAGGCGCGGAGACGAGGUGAAGGAACAGAGGGACCCCAGGGGCCUGGGUAGGAGCCAAGGGCAUACUGGCGCCGAGGAAAGUUCUCGUUCACCGCCCUCCUGCACUUACUGCCCUCCCCGCAGAAAAGGCUCUUUCGGCAGAGAAGGCAGCGUUCUCCUGAUCCCUUUCUUCCAAAUUAAAAACA